GUCUUCCUCCUUCCCACCACCAUGGCGGCCGAACAACAUGACGCCGAGCACAUGCCUCCGUCCCCCUCAGGCUACCUGCCGCCCGAGGACAAGGCUGACAAGUCAGAGCUUCUUUGGACGCUUCUGACUCAAGGCAUGGAGAACAUGGACAGAGACGUCGAGUCGAUCCAGAAGCACAUUGUCAACCACUGCCAGUUCACGCUUGCGCGAACGCAGUUCAACCUGGAUAGCUUUGGCCUGUAUCAGGCAACGGCACUGUCGAUCAAGGACCAUCUGCUGGGGAUGUGGAACGUGACGCAGCAGACGUUCACCAACAAGGACGUCAAGCGGGUGUACUAUCUCUCGCUCGAGUUCCUCGUGGGCCGGGCGCUGCAAAACGCGGUGCUCAACCUGGACAUCGAAGGCGAGUACUCGCAGGCGCUGAUGGAGCUGGGUACGGAUCUGGAGAAGCUGUAUGAGGAGGAGAAGGACGCAGCGCUAGGCAAUGGCGGGCUCGGGCGGCUUGCGGCGUGUUUCAUGGACUCGUUGGCGACUCUCGACUACCCGGCGUGGGGCUACGGCAUCCGGUACCGGUACGGCAUGUUUGCGCAGAAGAUUGUGGAUGGGGCGCAAGUCGAGUUUCCGGACUACUGGAUCUCGUACCUCAACGUGUGGGAGAUUCCACGCAUUGAUGUCUCGUACUCUGUGCGGUUCUACGGCGAAGUACGGGUGGUCUCCGACUCGCCGCGGGUGGUGGAGUGGGUAGGCGGCGAGGUUGUGCAGGCGGUGGCCUACGACGUGCCGAUUCCGGGCUAUGGGACCAAGAACUGCAUCAACCUCCGGCUUUGGUCGGCCAAGCCGGCAAAGGAGUUUGACUUGCAGUCGUUCAACCAGGGCGACUACCUGGGCGCCAUCGAGGACCGCCACAAGUCGGAGAACAUCUCGCAGGUCCUGUAUCCGAACGACAACACGUACAUGGGCAAGGAGCUGCGGCUGAAGCAACAGUACUUUUUCGUGCGCGCCACGCUGCAGGACAUCUUGCGGCGGUUCCUCAAGCGACCGCGCGAGUGGGAGGAGCUUCCGGACAAGGUGGCGAUCCAGCUCAACGACACGCACCCAUCGAUCGGCAUUGUGGAACUGCUGCGGAUCCUUGUCGACGAGCACGGGCUUGAGUUUGAGCGGGCGUGGGGCAUUGUGGUCAAGUCGUUCCACUUCACCAACCACACGGUCCUGCCCGAAGCGCUGGAGAAGUGGCCUGUCGAGCUACUGGGCCACUUGCUCCCGCGGCACCUCGACCUCAUCUACGACAUCAACUACCGGUUUCUACAGCAAGUUCAGGCGUGGCGGCCUGGCGACAUGGACGUUCUUGCGCGGAUGUCGCUCAUCGACGAGGCACACCCGCGGUCAAUCCGGAUGGCGAACCUUGCCAUCAUCGGCUCCACGCACGUCAACGGCGUCGCCGCGCUGCACACCCAGCUGCUCAAGACGACAAUCUUCAAGGACUUUUGCGAGUUUUUCGGCGAGAGCAAGUUCCAGAACAAGACCAACGGCGUGACGCCGCGCCGCUGGCUUCACCAAGCCAACCCGGGCCUUGCUGCAGUCAUCACCUCGUGGCUCGAGUCGGACGCGUGGAUCGCCAACCUCGACGAGCUUGCCGGCCUCCGGGCCCACAUCGACAACCCGGAGCUGGCUGCCGACUUUGCGCGUGUGAAGCGGGCAAACAAAGUUCGCCUCGCGGAGCUCAUUCAGUCGACCAACGGGAUCGAGGUCGACCCCGACGCACUCUUUGACAUCCAGGUCAAGCGGAUUCAUGAGUACAAGCGUCAACUGAUGAAUAUUCUCGCGGUCAUUGUCCGCUACCUCGCGAUCAAGGAGGCUGUGGCGGGUGGGGCGAGCAAGGCCGAGCUUGCCGCCGCCUUUGUCGCCCGCGUCUCCAUCUUUGCCGGCAAGGCUGCGCCCGGCUACCACAACGCCAAGCGCAUCAUCCGACUCAUUACCGCCGUCGCCGACGUUGUCAACAACGAUCCCGACGUCGGCUCGCUGCUCAAGGUCGUGUUUAUGCCCAACUACAAUGUCUCGCUCGCCGAAGUCAUCUUCCCGGGCACCGACCUCUCGGAGCAGAUCUCGUGCUCGGGCAUGGAGGCGUCCGGGACCGGGGUUGGCAAGGCAACGCUCAACGGUGCGCUGCUCAUCUGCACGAUGGACGGCGCUUCCAUUGAGAUUGCCGAGGAGAUCGGCCAUGACCAGGUCUUUGUCUUUGGUGCCCUCGCCAGCGAAGUCGACGGCCUCCGCGCUCAGGUCCAGUUCAACACCCCGCCGGACUGUGCGCCGCUAGCCAAGGCCAAGGCCGCCAUCCGUGACGGCACUUUUGGCAACUACGACGAGUUCCCUCUGCUUCUUGACUCGUUUUCGGGCCGCAACGACUACUACCUCAUCAACACCGACUUUGAGUCGUACCUCGACGCCCAGGCGCGCGCCGAUGCCGUGUACCGCGACCAGGACGCCUGGCUCCGCAAGGCCAUCCUCUCUACCGCCGGCAUGGGCUUUUUCUCGUCAGACCGCACUAUUCGGCAGUACGCCGAAGAGAUUUGGGGCGUCAAGCCGUGCCCGCGCGAGUAAAGGUGUGUGUGCGG